UUGAUAACAAAGACAAUCUCAUAGUCUAUUUGAUAAGAAGUUUGGGGGAAUUUGUUGAAUUGGAGGUUAAGCAUUCUUCACAUUUUAUCAAGUACGACUGUCUGUGGUUCCUGUCUCCUCCACACGGGGCGCUGCGGGGCGCUGCGAGGUUAAACCCCACUGGAACACCGAGGAAGAGAUUUGGACAUGCGAAAAAACGAAAGGAACGCUUCUAGAAUUGCCCAAGUAAAGUUGGCUAUUAUUAAUCCCUGAUGGAGUCCAGAGUAAGGUUGACUAUCUUUAACUCCUGAUGGAGUCCAGAGCGUUGUGUAUCGCGGCCCCCCCGCUCGGACACCUCAUCGCACUGGAGAGAUGGAGCGGCUCUGCUGUGGUGGAGAACCUACAGGGAGCAGGAGUGAAGGUGGUGUUUGAGAAGGAGAUGGGGGCGGUGGAUUUCUUGCUGCCCAACCGAAGCUGUGUCCUCUACGUCUCAGAGUGUGAUAUUAUAGCGGGGAACGCCUACAAACGGAAACUAGUCCGCUUUAGAAAUGCUAACAGCAGCAGUGUCCAGGAGGUGGUGGUGGUGGAGCGGAGCCGCCUCAGUGAGCAGUACUUCCCGUCCCUCCAGAGGUUCGUGGUGUUGGAGCUGGGCCUGACCCUGCUACCUGUGUCCGACCAGAGGGAGGCCGCCCAGCUCCUCUCCCAGAUGGUCCACAGCGCGGGGCGGGACAACCCGUUCAGGAGGAGGAGCGUAUCCCGGCUGUACGAGCCCCAGCUCCUCCUCCUCCUCCAGCAGAUCCCCGGCGUGGGAGGAGUCAAGGCCUCCUCUCUCCUCCACUCCUUCUCCAGCCUCCAGGAGCUGUGUGGCGCCGGCCUGCCCCAGCUGGAGGCCCUGGUGGGGCACGCCGCGGCCCAGCAAAUCCACACCUUCCUCCAUGCAGACCUGGUCUGAGGGGGACUAGACCCCCCCCCCCACACAGCACAAGGCCCUAGGGAAGACCAGGAGGGGGACCUGCAGGAGGACUAGACCCCCCCCACAGCACAGGGACCUGGUCUGAGGAGUACCAGGAGGGGGACUAGACCCCUUCCUGUGCAAUGUCCGGGUCUGAGGAGGACCAGGAGGGAGACUUGAACCCCCCACAGCACAAGGCCCUGGUCUGAGGAGGAGGAGGAAGAGGAGGUCUGGUCCUAGAGGGGCAUUACUUUGUGAUUCUGGUUGAUUUGACCAUGAAGAGGAUCCAGAUGUUUCCAGAGGCCUCUCUAUCAGUCACAACUAUAAAUGUUUGGUUGUUUUGUCUGUCGUUUGAGAUUUUAAUUAAAGAUUUAUAUUUGGGUGUAAUUGCUUUUGUUUUGUCCAGCGUUUCAGUUCCAGUACUGGAAAUGUGCUCCUGUCCUUUACUCUGAAAACAACUAGAAAACUUCAAGGAAUUUUAAUAUAAAAUAAAAUGUACAAGCUAAAGUACUUAUUU